AUGCGGACGGCUUGGGGCUCGGGGCUGCCGCCGCUGUUGGCGGCCGCCGCUGUGCUGGUGCUGGGGGGCGGUGCGCAAGUGCGCGGCUCGGAGGACAUCGUGGUGGGCUGCGGGGGCUUCGUCAAGUCCGAGGUGGAGAUCAACUACUCCCUCAUCGAGAUUAAGUUAUACACUAAGCAUGGAACUUUGAAAUACCAAACAGACUGUGCUCCAAACAAUGGGUACUUUAUGAUUCCUCUGUAUGACAAGGGGGAUUUCAUUCUAAAAAUUGAACCUCCCCUAGGGUGGAGUUUUGAACCAACAACUGUGGACCUUCAUGUUGAUGGUAUUAAUGAUAUCUGCACAAAAGGAGGAGACAUCAACUUUGUAUUCACAGGGUUUUCUGUGAAUGGAAAGGUACUCAGUAAAGGGCAGACUUUGGGACCUGCUGGAGUUCAGGUUAUGUUAAGAAGCAUUGGGAAUGAAGCUCAUAUACAAUCUACUGUGACUCAGCCUGGUGGAAAGUUUGCAUUUUUUAAAGUUCUUCCUGGAGAAUAUGAAAUAUUUGCAUCUCAUCCAACCUGGACAUUGAGAGAAGCUAGCACUACUGUUCGAGUAACUAACUCCAAUGCUUAUGCUGCUGGUCCCCUACUAGUUGCUGGUUAUAAUGUUUCUGGUUCUGUUCGAAGUGAUGGGGAGCCUAUGAAAGGUGUUAAGUUUCUCCUCUUUUCCUCUUCGGUAGCUAGAGAGGAUAUACUAGGUUGCAAUAGUUCUCCAGUGGAUGGGUUCCAGUCUCAGGAUGAGAAACUGAUAUUUUUGUGCAGUGUUAUCUCAAAAGAAGAUGGCUCCUUCUCAUUUUUUUCAUUACCAAGUGGGAGAUAUACAGUGGUUCCAUUCUACAGAGGGGAAAGGAUUACUUUUGAUGUUGCUCCUUCUAGGUUAGACUUUACUGUUGAGCAUGACAGCUUAAAAAUUGAGCCUGUUUUCCAUGUCAUGGGCUUCUCGGUCACUGGCAGGGUUUUGAAUGGCCCAGAGGGAGAGGGUGUUUCAGAUGCUAUUGUCAUACUGAAUAAUCAAAUCAAAGUAAAAACAAAAGGCGAUGGCUCUUUUCGCCUGGAGAACAUAACCACAGGAACAUACACAAUUCAUGCUCAGAAGGAGCACCUUUACUUUGAUCCUAUUACAGUCAAAAUAGCACCUAAUACUCCUCAGCUGGCUGACAUCAUAGCCACAGGAUUCAGUGUCUGUGGUUACAUAUCUAUAACUCGAUUUCCUGAUACAAUCAAGCAGAUCAAUAAAUACAAAAUUGUGAUGACAUCUCAGGGCAGGGAAAAAUCUUUGAUCACAGCAGAGACUGACUCACGUGGAGAAUUUUGUUUUAAAGCAAAAUCAGGGAACUAUAAAGUCCAGGUGGUUGUGCCUGAGGCAGAAACCAGAGCAGGACUUUCUUUGAAACCCAAAAUGUUUCCUGUUGUUGUUACCAACAGGCCAGUGAUGGAUGUGACCUUUUACCAGUUUUUGGCCUCAGUUUCAGGGAAAGUCUCUUGUUUGGAUACCUGUGGUGACUUGCUGGUGACUUUACAAUCCAUAAGCCGUCAGGGGGAGAAGCGUAGUCUACAAUUAUCUGGCAAGGUCAACUCCAUGACUUUCACUUUUGAUAAUGUGCUUCCCGGCCGAUACAAAAUAAGUAUUAUGCAUGAGGAUUGGUGCUGGAAGAAUAAAAGUCUAGAGGUGGAAGUUACAGAAGAGGAUGCAUCAGGGAUUGAAUUUAGGCAGACUGGCUAUAUGCUAAGAUGUUCGCUUUCUCAUGCAAUUACCCUGGAAUUCUAUCAGGAUGGAAAUGGACCUGAGAAUGUGGGAAUUUAUAACCUAUCCAAAGGAGUGAACCGAUUCUGUCUGUCAAAGCCUGGUGUAUACAAAGUGACCCCACGAUCUUGUCACCGGUUUGAACAUGGAUAUUAUACUUAUGACACGUCUUCACCCAGUAUCCUGACACUAACAGCCAUUCGGCAUCAUGUUCUUGGAACUAUCACCACUGACAAACUAUUGGAUGUUACUGUGACCAUUAAGUCCUCAAUUGACAGUGAACCUGCCUUGGUUUUAGGCCCCCUAAAGUCCGUGCAGGAGCUCCGUAGGGAACAACAAUUGGCUGAAAUUGAGACUCGCAGGCAGGAAAGAGAGAAGAAUGGCGAAGAAGAAGGAGGAAGGACAAAACCCCCAGUGCAAGAGAUGGUGGAUGACCUGCAGGGUCCUUUCUUAUAUGAUUUCUCUUAUUGGGCCCGAUCUGGAGAGAAAAUCACUGUUACACCUUCAUCUAAAGAACUCCUCUUCUAUCCUCCUUCAGUGGAAACAAUUGUUAGUGGAGAAAGCUGCCCUGGGAAACUGAUAGAAAUCUAUGGAAAAGCAGGCCUGUUCUUGGAGGGCCAGAUUCACCCAGAGUUAGAAGGGGUUGAAAUAAUCAUUAGCGAAAAGGGAGCCACUUCUCCACUAAUAACAGUGUUCACUGAUGACAAAGGUAGCUAUAGUGUUGGACCAUUGCACAGUGAUCUGGAGUAUACUGUGGCGUCACAGAAGGAAGGAUUUGUUUUAACUGCACUCGAGGGAAGUGUUGGAGACUUCAAAGCUUUUGCCUUGGCAGGAGUAACUUUUGAGAUAAAAUCUGAAGAUGACCAACCACUUGCUGGAGUCCUAUUAUCCCUCAGUGGGGGUGUGUUCCGUUCCAACCUUCUGACUCAGGACAAUGGGAUGCUGACCUUUUCAAACUUGAGCCCAGGGCAGUAUUACUUUAAACCCAUGAUGAAGGAGUUUCGUUUUGAACCUUCCUCACAAAUGAUUGAAGUGCAGGAAGGGCAGAAUCUGAAGAUUGCCAUUACUGGUUAUAGAACAGCUUAUAGUUGCUAUGGUACAAUUUCUUCUCUAAAUGGAGAACCAGAACAAGGAGUUGCUGUGGAAGCAGUAGGACAGGGUGAUUGCAGUAUUUAUGGGGAAGAUACUGCAACUGAUGAAGAGGGAAAAUUCAGGCUUCGAGGAUUAUUGCCUGGAUGUGUAUACCAUAUCCAGCUCAAGGUAGAAGGUAAUGAACAUAUUGAAAGAGCCCUCCCUCAGCAUCGAGUAAUUGAGGUUGGUAAUUCUGAUAUUGAUGAUGUAAAUAUCAUAGCUUUCCGGCAGAUUAACCAAUUUGAUUUAAGUGGAAAUGUGAUCACUUCUUCUGAAUAUCUUCCUUCAUUAUGGGUAAAGCUUUACAAAAGUGAAAACCUCGACAAUCCAAUUCAGACAGUCUCUUUGGGCCAAUCUCUUUUCUUCCACUUCCCACCAUUACUUAGAGAUGGAGAGAAUUAUGUUGUAUUACUGGACUCUACACUAUCCAAAUCCCAGUAUGACUACACCUUGCCUCAGAUUUCUUUCACUGCCAUUGGAUAUCACAAACAUAUUACCUUGAUUUUUAAUCCUACAAGGAAAUUGCCUGAACAAGAUAUUGCCCAAGGAUCUUAUAUUGCAUUGCCUCUGACAUUGCUUCUGUUGCUAGCAGGUUAUAACCAUGAUAAGCUUAUUCCUUUGUUGUUGCAAUUGUCAAGCCGACUGCAAGGAGUACGAGCCCUUGGUCAAACUGCCUCUGACAUUGGUGCCCCAGAAGAUGUAAAGAGACAGGUAAAGAAGCAGAAGACUCGAAGGACCUGAAGAGAAAGACAUGUUACCUAGACUUGGACCUAGACCAGGCUGGAGGCUGAAGCAUUUUGGAAGCAAGGCCUCUGGCUGUACCGUGCAUUGGAUAAAUGAUGGAUUGCAGAAAACUUAAGAGAAAUUUCUGUUUAUUCCACAGGCCCCCCCCCCCCUCACUACAGCUGUACUUUCUCUUUCAAUUUCUAUGACCCCUUGCUGUUUUAAAAUCAAGAGUUACAUGAACGGACCCCCUUUCACUCCACUGAGCAUGUAUUUUGGAAUUGAAGAUAAUUUAUUUUUUGUCAUGGAAAUAUUUUAAGCUUUGCUGGUGAUGUGAGAAUGUAACUCUUACCUUCUACAUUAAUUUGCAAGAGGAAUUCUGGUCCAAUAAACAAGAUUCUCAGUUUCUUUAA